GCGUUUUAAAGGAGGAAUCAAGUCAAACACUUACAGUCGCUUGUUGUCACUGUAUGUUGGAGAUACGUUGAUUGAAUGUGACAAUGUGCAGAGCUAUGCUACUCCUUAUUGUUGUGAGUUUAUUCAGCCUCGCUGCUGAAGCUUUAGACAAUGGUCUGGCGCUGAAACCCACCAUGGGCUGGCUGCACUGGGAGAGGUUCCUGUGUAACACUGACUGUGACAUGGACCCCGAUAACUGCAUCAGUGAGCGCUUGUACAUGCAGAUGGCAGAUGUGAUGGUGAAGGAGGGUUGGAAAGAGGCUGGUUAUGAAUACGUCUGCAUUGAUGACUGCUGGCCCUCCCAUCAGCGUGAUGCCCAAGGCCGCCUGCAGGCAGACCCCAAACGAUUUCCAGGGGGCAUUAAGAAACUGGCCGACUAUGUCCAUUCUAAGGGGCUGAAGUUGGGUAUCUAUUCAGAUGUUGGGGACAAGACCUGUGCUGGUUAUCCUGCGAGUCGGGGUUACUAUGAGAUAGAUGCUCAGACAUUUGCUGACUGGGGUGUGGAUCUGCUGAAAUUUGAUGGCUGCAACAUGAACUGGACUUUGUUGGGAUCAGGCUACAUAGAAAUGUCAAAAGCACUGAACAAAACAGGAAGAAGUAUCCUGUACUCCUGUGAGUGGCCUUUGUAUGAGUGGCCUUACAGACAGCCUAACUACACAGCCAUUCGUGAGACAUGUAACCACUGGCGCAACUUUGGCGACGUGUAUGACUCCUGGAGUUCUAUCAAGUCCAUCUUGGAAUGGACUGCCUCUCAUCAAGACAUCAUCGUAUCCUCAGCUGGACCUGGAGGCUGGAAUGACCCCGAUAUGCUUUUAAUUGGGAAUUUCGGUCUGAGCCACACACAGCAGGAGUCUCAGAUGGCAUUAUGGGCCAUCAUGGCAGCCCCUCUGCUCAUGUCUAAUGAUCUGAGGGACAUCUGUCCCCGCUCCAAGGAGCUGCUGCAGAACCAACGCAUCAUAGACAUCAACCAGGACCCACUGGGCAAACAGGGGUUCCUCACUGCCAAGGUGGACAGUUUUGAAGUGUGGGAGAGGCCUCUGUCUAAGAACCGGCUGGCCAUUGCUCUGCUGAACAAACAGGAGCUUGGUGGCCCCCGAGGGUUUGCCAUCAGAGCAGUUCCUGGCUGGAAGAUCUGUAACCCUCAAUGUAACGUUACACAGAUCCUGCCUCAGUACAAGGAGAUGGGAGUUCACAAUCCACAGAGCAAACUGGUUGUAUCUGUCAACCCUUCAGGCACCGCUCUGCUGACCGUCACCCCCGUCACCAGUGCCUUUAAGAGACUGCACAGGCUGGAAAUGGCAGUCAAACCCAGGCACACUAUUUUGUAAUCUUCAAGUGGUUUACAAUUUUUAUGUCUGCACUUUUGAUUUUUUUAAAAGUGGAAAACUUGAUCUUAAAAUCUGUCCAGACGGGUUGCUUAUGCUACACCUAUUUUUAAUCAUAUUUAAUAAAUCACUG